AUGGAUCUACCUGCUGUAUUCAAGUCUACUUUAGAGCUUCCUGUUGCUGGAUUUACGGUCACUGUUGUACAGAUAGAGUUUUCUGACCACUUAAUGGUACUUAUUUCACGCAACGGAAUGAUUGGGGAUAUUGUAUUGUCCCAAAAAAGCAAUCUACCGACAGUAAAUGGUCAUGCUUCUCAUGAUCUUGAUACUCGGACCCUGUUUGGUCCUGACAAAUUGAAUACUUGUCUUAUCACCAGGCUGAUCACUAAGAUUUUGGAUACUUCAAAAACAAUACUUGUUAGUACUGAUUUCAAAGAAGACAUUUGUUUUAGUGAUACUCAACUAAUUUGUGAUAUCUUAAAAAAUAUAAGAUCGACAUAA